AUGCCACAGGUUGCAAUUGCUGAGCUUUCAAAUGUAGAUGGCAUCGGGCGCGAAGAAUCUAAACUAGUCAUAAAUGCAGGAAAAUCCAGUUUUACAAGAUAUCCCUUUUGUGAAUGGAAGGAAAUUUUCAAGGGUAAAUCGAAUGCGGAGAGCUCAUAUCGUGGUUCAUCAUCACGCACAUACGAGCGCAGCUCAAGCAGUUCAUCACUACACGACUUAGACGAGGAUAGUGAGAGUGAUGACUCAUCUGAAGGCGUGAGUAUUGAGAAGGUGGAGAAAGGAUUUCAAGGAUCGGGUGAUUACUCUGAUUACCGGAAGGCAGAGCAACAUCUCCUGGCACUGGUAGAAUCGAGAGACUAUGUAAUCGGUUAUGCCAACCAAGUCCAAGGUGCUUACUACCCUAAGGGUCUCAAUUAUUUCUCUAUCUCAGACGAAAUACCGGGUGACGGAAACUGCCAGUUUAGAGCAGUAGCUUUACUAUUUUGGCAGGAUCAAAAUGAUCACAGGUCCCUCAGAAGAACGGUCGUGGAGUACAUGAGGGCCAAUCCAGAGUCCUUCCGUCCCUAUAUUACUGAAGGGUGGGAAACAUACUUGAGAGAAAUGGCCGAAGAUGGGACGUGGGGAGACCAUUACACCUUGACCGCCAUGGCUGCUCUAUACCAGCGCAGAUUUGUCGUCGUUAGUGAGAGGAGCAGUGGUGUAUCUGUCACGCACGUAUACCGGGAAGAAGAUGAAGAUUCCUCCAAAUCAGGAACAUAUUUCCUCUCCCUGAGGGGGGACCAUUAUGAGGUUUUUGUUCCAGGGUACGACGGGAAUUCAGACUGA